AUGCGGUUCGCGGCUGCUCCUGGCCCGCCGAAUACGGCGGGGGCGCUGAGCAAGUACUUCCGCGUUGCUGAGGACUUUGUGUAUAAGCUGCCUGCGGGGGUCGGGUUACAGGAAGCAGGGCUGGUCGAGCCGUUGAGUGUCGUGGUGCAUGCUGUGAGGCUGGCGGAUGUGAGGCCCGGGGAGACGGUGGUUGUGAUGGGGAGUGGGACGAUUGGGUUGCUUGUGGCGGCUGUGGCGAGGCAGUUUGGCGCGCAUCAGAUCGUCGUUAUUGAUAUUCUUGAGAAAAAGAGCCCGGAGGAGGAUGCAAAAAGGUUGUUGAAGGAGUUUGAUUUGGAGGAGUUCGGUAUUGGUACUGUCGGCGGUAAGGUGGAUACUGUGAUUGAGACAUCCGGCGCUGCAUCGAGUAUCAACAUGGGCAUACGUUUGUUGAGACCUGGAGGCAAGUACGUGCAGAUGGGUGUGGGAAAGGCGAAGAUUGAGUUUCCAAUUGUGGCGCUGAGCAACAAGCAGUUGAUGUUCAGAGGCUGCUUCAGAUACGAUGCGGGAGACUAUGAGUUGGCAGUCAAGUUGAUUGCAAAGGGUCUUGUGCAGGUGAAGCCUCUAAUCAGUUCGGUGACGCUGUUCGAGGAUGCUACAAAAGCUUGGGAGAAGACGGAAAACGGGGAAGGCAUCGAGAACUCGAUUGAGGACGUAAAGGAUUGA